AGGACUGGGUCAGGCCCGGAAUGGGACCCCGGGAUCGAGGUGCCCAGCAGGAGGUAGGCGCAGCCUGCAGGCUGACAGACUCCAGAAGCUCUCCCUGAACAAAGCCUGGGUGGGAGGCGGCCUGGCGUGUCCCCACCCCGCCUCCCCCAGUGCCUGCUGAGCCGAGACCACAGCCAGCAGCCAGACAGAGCGAGCAUGGCUGGGCUGGGGGCCGCUCCGCAGCUGCUCCUCCUCCAGCUCCUGAGCCUGGCGCAGGCCCAGGGGGUGGGCAGAGGUGGCGCUGUCCCCGGGGAGUCCCUGGGGCUUGCUGACAUCCGUGACUACCAGCAGCAGGCUCCAGCCCGCUCCUCAGACCCCGCCGGGGCCGCCCAGGAGCAGUGGCGCCCUCUGCAGCAGUCGCUGGAAAGGCUGGAGGCUGAGGUGGCACAGCUCAGAGCGCAGAACCAAGACCUGCAGGAGAGGGUGAGGCAGCUGGAGUCCUGCGAAUGCCGCCCCGCUUCCCCCCAGUGCUGGGCGCUGGGGAGGGCCUGGCCGGAGGGGGCCCGCUGGGAGCCUGACGCCUGCACGGCCUGCGUCUGCCAGGGUGGGGCCGCUCUCUGUGAUCCCAAGCCUGGCCUGCCCCAGUGCCACGGCUGCAGCCACAAUGGUCAGGCCUAUGGCAAUGGGGAGACCUUCUCCCCUGAUGCCUGCACCACCUGCCACUGCCUGGAAGGAGCCGUCACCUGCAGCCAGAAGCCAUGCCCAAGGGGACCCUGUCCGGAGCCAGGAGCAUGCUGCCCACACUGUGAUCCAGGCUGCUCGGACGGUCCCAGGGCUGGGGAAACAUGGCGAGCUGAGCCCUGUGUCACCUGCUCCUGCCAGGCAGGGACCGUGCAGUGCCAGGGGCCCUCGUGCCCAGAGCUUAACUGCCUGGAGAGCUACACCCCACCCGGAGAGUGCUGCCCCGUCUGCCGGCCAGGCUGUGAGUACGAGGGGCAGCUUUACCAGGAGGGGGCCAGCUUCCUGUCUAGCUCCAACCCUUGUCUCCAGUGCUCCUGCCUGAGGAGCCUGGUUCAGUGUGUGCCCAUGAAGUGCCUGGCCAGCCCCUGCCCUGAGCCAGUCCUGAGGCCUGGCCACUGCUGCCCGGCCUGCCAAGCCCCGGGCUGCACAGAAGGUGGCUCUCGCCGGGAGCAUGGCCAAGAAUGGACUGUACCUGGGGACCCCUGCCGGAUCUGCCAGUGCCUGGAGGGCCACAUCCAGUGCCGCCAGCGAGAAUGCUCCAGCCUGUGCCCGUACCCCGCCCGGCCCCUCCCGGGCACCUGCUGCCCCGUGUGCGAUGGCUGCUUCCUGAACGGGCGGGAGUACCUCAGCGGGGAGCCGGUGGGCUCCGGGGACCCCUGCUCGCACUGCCGCUGCGCUAACGGGACUGUCCAGUGCGAGCCUCUGCCCUGCCCAGCCGCGCCCUGCAGACACCCAGGCAGGCUCCCCGGGCAGUGCUGCCCCGUCUGUGCCGGCUGUGAGUACCAGGGACACUACUACCAGAGCCAGGACACCUUCCGGUUCCAGGAGGGCGGCCGCUGCCUGCGCUGCUCCUGCCAGGCCGGCGAGGUGUCUUGUGAGGAGCAGGAGUGCCCUGUCGCCCCUUGCACCCAGUCAGACUCUGUUCCCCAGCUGUGCUCAGCCUGCGUGCUUGGCGGAGAGGAGUUUGCCGAUGGCGUCCAGUGGGAGCCUGACGGUGAGCCCUGCACAGCCUGCUCCUGUCAAGACGGGGUGCCCGUGUGCGGGGCUGUGCUCUGCCCCCCGGCCCCCUGCCAGCACCCCACCCAGACCCCUGGCGCCUGCUGCCCCAGCUGUGAGAGCUGCACCUACCACGGCCACGUGUAUGCCAACGGGCACAACUUCACGGACACAGACCGCCCUUGCCAUGCCUGCCGCUGCGAGGACGGCACCGUGAGGUGCUCCUCGGUGGCCUGUCCACCCACCACAUGCGCCAGGCCCCGGAGCGGACCAGGCCAGUGCUGCCCCAGCUGCCCAGACUGCAUCCUGGAGAAUCAGGUGUUCGUGCACGGCCAGCGCUUCUCCCACCCCCGGGACCCCUGCCAGGAGUGCUGGUGCCAGGAAGGCCAUGCCCGCUGCCAGCCCCGGGCCUGCCCCCAGCCCCCCUGCGCCCACCCGCUGCCCGGGCCCUGCUGCCGCAGUAACUGCGAUGGCUGUGCCUUUGGUGGGAAAGAGUACCCCCACGGAGCAGACUUCCCCCACCCCUCGGACCCCUGCCGCCUCUGCCACUGUCUGAGCGGCAGCGUGCAGUGCCUGGCCCGCCGCUGCCCGCCGCCGCCCUGUGCGGAGCCCGUCCUGCUGCCCCGGGAGUGCUGCCCGCAGUGCCCAGCCUCCCCCUCCAGCUGCCCGAGGCCCGGGGGCCACCAGGAGCACUUCUUCCCGCCGGGGGACCCCUGCCGCCGCUGCCUCUGCCUGGACGGCGCCGUGUCCUGCCAGCGGCUGCCCUGCCCGCCCGCCCCCUGCGCCCACCCCCGCCGGGGACCCUGUUGCCCCUCCUGUGACGGCUGCCUGUACGAGGGAAAGGAGUUCGCCAGCGGGGAGCGCUUCCCUUCGCCCACCGUGCCGUGCCACGUCUGCCUCUGCCUGGAGGGCAGCGUCAGCUGCGAGCCCAGGGCCUGUGCCCCUGCCCAGUGUCCGUUCCCUGCCAGGGGUGACUGCUGCCCUGCCUGCGACGGCUGUGAGUACCUCGGGGAGUCCUACCUGAGCGGCCAGGAGUUUGCAGACCCCCGGGAGCCCUGCAGCCUGUGCACCUGCCUGGAAGGCGCUGUGACCUGCGGCCGCAGACCCUGUGCGCCUCCGGGCUGCAGCCACCCGCUCGUCCCCUCCGGGCACUGCUGCCCCUCCUGCCAGGGAUGCCUCUAUCACGGCGUCACUGCCGCCCUGGGGGAGACCCUUCCGGACCCACUGGACCCCACCUGCUCCCUCUGCACCUGCCGGGAAGGUUCCAUGCGCUGCCAGAGGAAGCCAUGCCCGCCAGCUCUCUGCCCUCACCCCUCUCCAGGCCCCUGCUCCUGCCCCGUGUGCCACGGGUGCUUCUCUCAGGGCCGGCAGCGCCAGGAUGGGGAGGAGUUUGAGGGGCCCACAGGCAGCUGUGAGCGCUGUCGCUGUCAGGCCGGCCACGUCCGCUGUGUGCGGCUGCAGUGCCCGCCCCUGGCCUGCCCGCUCCAGGUCACAGAGCCAGGGAGCUGCUGCCCUCGCUGCAGAGGCUGCUGGGCCCACGGAGAGGAGCACCCUGACGGCAGCAGCUGGGAGCCUCCGGACAGCCCCUGCUCCUCCUGCCUGUGCCACCAGGGCGUGGCCACCUGCGCCCAGGUCCAGUGCGUCAGCUCCUGUGCCCGGCCCCGCCAGGGGCCCCGGGACUGCUGCCCUCGAUGCUCAGACUGUGAGCAUGCGGGCCGGAAGUACGAGCCAGGGGACAGCUUCCAGCCUGGGGCAGACCCCUGUGAAGUGUGCGUCUGUGAGCUGCAGCCUGAGGGGCCUCCCGGCCUCCGCUGUCACCGACGGCAGUGCCCCAGCCUGGUGGGCUGCCCCGCCAGCCAGCUCCUGCCCCCGGGGCCUCAGCACUGCUGCCCCACCUGUGCCCAGGCCCUGAGCAACUGCACGGAGGGCCUGCUGGGGUCGGAGCUGGCCCCGCUGGACCCCUGCUACACCUGCCGGUGCCAGGACCUGACCUGGCUCUGCGUCCACCAGGCCUGCCCUGAGCUCAGCUGUCCCCCCUCCGAGCACCACACCCCCGCCGGGGGCUGCUGCCCUGAGUGCCGGGAAACCAACACCAGCAGGUUGGGCGGUGGGCACCCCCUGCUGCGGGCCUUCGGGGUGAGCUCCAGGGAGGAAGGAGGCAGCCGGAAGGACAGGACGGUGCUCCCCCAGCCUCCUUUCUCAUCAGAAUGUGUGGUGGAGGCCGAGGGCCGGAGAGUGGCGGAUGGAGAGAGCUGGAGGGACCCCAGCAACGCCUGCAUCACUUGUACCUGCCAUCGGGGCCGCGUGGAGUGCCGCCGUGAGGAGUGCCAGGCCCUCUCCUGCCCACUUGGCUGGGUGAAGGCUCUAGACGCUGGCCGGUGCUGUGAACGAUGCCAAGAUCCCUCAGCUCCCGCCCAGCCAUGUGAGCACCAGGGCCGCCAGGUGGCCUCCGGGGACAGCUGGGCCGUGGACCCCUGCACCAGCUGCUCCUGCGUGGCCGGCACCGUGCGCUGCCAGAGUCAGCGCUGCCCGCGGCUCUCCUGCGGCCCCGACGAGGCUCCCGCCCUGAACCCCGGCAGCUGCUGUCCCCGCUGCCUGCCGCGGCCGGCUUCCUGCAUGGCCUUCGGAGACCCGCACUACCGCACCUUCGACGGCCGCCUGCUGCACUUCCAGGGCGGCUGCCGCUACGUGCUGGCCCGGCACUGCCGCGGGGGCGACUUCAGUGUGCACGUGACCAACAGUGACCGGGGCCGCAGCGGCGUGGCCUGGACCCAGGAGGUGGCGGUGCUGCUGGGAGGAGAGGUGGCCGUGCGGCUGCUGCCGGGCGGCGCGGUCACGGUGGACGGGCGCCCCGUGGCCCUGCCCUUCCUGCAGGAGCCGCUGCUGUACGCUGAGCUGCGGGGCGGCACCGUGAUCCUGCACACCCAGCCGGGGCUGCAGGUGCUGUGGGACGGGCGGUCCCAGGUGGAGGUGAGCGUGCCCGGCUCCUACCGGGGCCAGACCUGUGGGCUCUGCGGGAACUUCAAUGGCUUUGCCCAGGACGAUCUGCAGGGCCCUGAGGGGCUGCUCCUGCCCACUGAGGCUGCCUUUGGGAACAGCUGGCAGGUCCCCGAGGGGCCGGGGCCCGGGCGGCCCUGCGCCAAGGGCCGGGAGGGGCACCCGUGCCGGGCGGCAGGCUACCGGGCCCGGCGCGAGGCCAAUGCCCGGUGCACGGUGCUGAAGUCCGCCCCGUUCGGCCGCUGCCACGCCGUGGUGCCGCCCGAGCCCUUCUUCGCCGCCUGCGUCUACGACCUGUGCGCCUGCGGGCCCGGCUCCGCGGCCGCCGCCUGCCUCUGCGAUGCCCUGGAGGCCUAUGCCAGCCACUGCCGCCAGGCGGGGGCCACGCCGGCCUGGCGGGGCCCGACGCUCUGCGGGGUGGGCUGCCCCCUGGACCGCGGCUUCGUGUUCGACGAGUGCGGCCCGCCCUGCCCCCGCACCUGCUUCAACCGGCACGUCCCGCUGCGGGAGCUCUCCGCCGCCUGCGUGCGGCCCUGCGUGCCCGGCUGCCGGUGCCCCGCCGGCCUGGUGGAGCACGACGCCCACUGCAUCCCGCCCCAGGCCUGCCCCCCCGUCCUGCUCACCGGGGACCGGCCGCCCCGAGACCCGCUCAGCCCCGGCCAGGCGGCCCGGGGGACGCUCGACCCGGGAUGACAGCGGCCGGGACUCAUCCGACCCAAGUCCCUCCUUGGAGAGCGGCUCCCGCCCCCGCCCGGGCUUCGGCGGGAGCGCCCUGCCUGGCCCGGGAGCCGGGCCCGCGUCCCAGAAAGCCCAGCCGUGUUGAGUCAGAAACAGUAAACGCGGGGCCUGCCCUAAGGCUGC